AUGGCUGAUCAGUCCAAGUUUAUUGAGUACAUUGAUGACGCUUUAGAAAAAUCAAAAGAAACAGCGCUUUCCCAGUUACUCUUCACCUAUGAGGGGGUUCCUUACCCAGUUACCAUGUGCACUUCAGAAACUUUCCGAGCUCUGGAUGCCUUUGAAGCCAGAAGUGAUGACAUCCUGCUAGCGUCCUACCCGAAGUGCGGUUCAAACUGGAUUCUCCACAUUGUCAGUGAAUUAAUAUUUGCCAUUUCUAAGAAGAAAUGCAUGUGUCCAGAAUUUCCAGUUCUUGAAUGUGGUGAUGCAGAAAAAUAUCAGAGAAUGAAACUGUUUCCAUCACCAAGGAUUUUGACAACUCACCUCCAUUAUGACAAACUACCUCAGUCUGUCUUCAAGAACAAAGCCAAGAUAUUGGUGAUAUUUCGAAACCCCAAGGAUACAGCAGUGUCUUUUUUCCAUUUCCAUAACGAUGUCCCCGAUAUCCCGAGCUAUGCCUCUUGGGAUGAAUUCUUCCGACAGUUUAUAAAGGGACAAGUCUCUUGGGGAAGCUAUUUUGAUUUUGCAAUGAAUUGGAACAAAUAUAUUGAUGAUGAAAAUGUUAAGUUCGUAUUAUAUGAAGACCUAAAAGAGAAUCUGGUUGUUGGAAUAAAACAGAUCUCUGAAUUCCUUGGCUUCUCUUUAACUGAUGAACAAAUACAAGCUGUCUCAGUCCAGAGCACCUUCCAAGCAAUGCGAGAAAAUUCUCAGGAGACUCAUGGUGCUAUUGGCCCCUUCCUGUUCCGCAAAGGUGAAGUUGGUGAUUGGAAAAAUUUGUUCAAUGAAACUCAGAACCAAGAAAUGGAUGAAAGAUUCAAAGAGUGUUUAGCAGGCACUGCUCUCGGAGCCAAGCUGAAGUAUGAAUCAUAUUGCCUGGCUUGA